CCAAUCAAAGGGACAUGAUGUUCUAUCCUGGUUCUGAUUCUGCUGGCUCAGGCACUGGGAGGCUGCGUCGGUCAGCUCUAAUGCCUGACAUCACCCAUCUGGAACUGCUGGUAGUGGUGGGACUUGAUGUCCAGCAGGUCCACAAACAGGACACUGAAAGAUAUAUCCUCACCAACCUCAAUAUUGCGUCAGAGCUGUUGAGGGACAUGACGCUGGGGGCCAACAUGAGGGUGCACCUGGUCCGCAUGAUCAUCCUGUCAGAGCCAGAGCCAGAGAUCCAAAUGUCUACCAACAUCACGUCUUCUCUUAGAAGUGUGUGUGACUGGGGCAGAAGAAUCAACCCCCCCAAUGACACAGACCCCUUACAUGCUGAUAUUCUGCUGUACAUUACAAGGUAUGACCUGGUGCUGCCUGAUGGGAAUAAGCAGGUGAGGGGCGUGGCACAGCUGGGAGGAGCUUGCUCCAGCGACUGGAGCUGCGUGAUCACAGAGGACACAGGCUUCGACCUGGGCAUCACCAUUGCUCACGAAAUUGGCCACAGUUUCGGGAUAAACCACGAUGGAGUAGGAAACACCUGCAGCAGGAGUGGUUUCAUGAUGGCCUCUGAUGGAGGCUAUAACAGUGUGGACCUGACCUGGUCCCAGUGCAGCAGACAACAGCUGCUCACAUUCUUCAGUGAAGGAAAGGCCAAAUGUGUCACAGACCUGCCUGCACUGGGUGGCUCUCUACAAGACUGGAAGCCAGGUCUGUACUAUGGAGUUGAUGACCAAUGUCGCAUAGCUUUCGGUAGCACCGCCAGAGCUUGUUCUUUCACUAAUCCUGACCUGCCGGUGUGUCGUGUUCUGUCCUGCCAUGUCAACCCUGGGGAUGACAGCUCCUGCAAACGCCUUCUGGUUCCACUGCUGGACGGGACAGAGUGUGCACCCAAUCAGUGGUGUUUGAAGGGGCGCUGUGUGUCCCCAGACCAGCUCGGCUCCUCUGUGGUCGUGCAUGGCUCUUGGUCCAGCUGGUCUGAGUUCUCCCCUUGCUCUCGAACAUGUGGUGGGGGUGUCACUUUCCGCACAAGGCAAUGCAACAACCCAAGACCUGCUUUUGGAGGGAACGAUUGUGAGGGUCGAGAUAUCGAAGCUGAACUUUGUCACCAGCAGCCAUGUGACCUCACCCAGCUGGAUUUCAUGGCACAGCAGUGUUCCCAAACCGACUCUGAUCCCCUCUACCUACUGACAAACACUGCCUCUUUCUAUACCUGGAUUCCUGCAGUAGGCUUCGUCAAAGGGGAUGAGCAAUGCAGAUAUAUGUGCCAGUCCAAGGGAGAAAACUUCAUCGUGAGCCGGGGUUCUCAGUUUGUGGAUGGGACUCGGUGUGAGCCGGACAGUCCAGCUGCUUUUGGCUCUGUAGCUGCUUGUCUUAGAGGGAAAUGCCAGUUGUUUGGCUGUGACGGUGUGCUACACUCUGCGAAAGUGAGGGACAUCUGCGGGGUGUGUGGUGGCGAUGGAUCCUCCUGCAGUCUGACCUCUAACUCCUACAGUGGUGGUCAAGCUAGAGAGUAUGUCACCUUCCUCACUUUGCCAGUGAAUGCCACACAGGUUCACAUUGUCAACAUGGCACCUGUCUUCACUCAUUUGGCCGUACUGGCUGGAGAUCAAUACAUUGUGUCUGGGACGGGGAGCAUGGCAAUGAAUGUAACCCACCCAUCCACACUGGAUGACGACCACCUUGAGUACCGGCUCUUCCUGACCCCUGACCUUUUGCCUCAAAUGGAGGAGCUGCUGCUGCCCGGACCAUUAGAGCAGGAGAUAAACAUACAGGUUUAUCGCAAAUAUGGAAAAGAAUACGGUGAGAAAACGAGUCCAAAUAUCAGCUACCAGUUCUAUGUACCCACCACCAGUAAUAAUGAUCUAACAGAAAUCAAACCUAAGGGCAAGUGGGUCGUCUUCACAACAUCCUGCUCUGUCUCUUGUGGAUCAGGUAUACAGAAGCAUGUAUAUGUCUGUGUAGAUGAAAAUACCCGUGGCCACGUGGAGGAGCAGUAUUGCGAUAUGCCUCCUCCAUCCAUACCACCACAGACAAGCUGCCAACUCCCAGCCUGCCCCCCCAGGUGGGACACAGGAGAGUUUGGACCUUGCAGCACCUCCUGUGGUGGAGGAGAGAGAGUGCGUCCGGUAAGAUGCGUUCAGAGGCAAGGAGGUGAUGUUAUUAAAGUUCCAGCUUCUGAAUGUCCGUCUGACGAAGCCCCAAACGCUGUUGAGAAAUGUAACCUUCAACACUGUCCUGCCAGAUGGCAUGUGUCAGAGCCAGGGGAGUGCUCGGCAGUGUGCGGGCCAGGAGAAGCCAAACGCACCGUGUCAUGUGUACGCUCAGAACAUGGGCAGGACGUUGAAGUGGAUUAUAGCUUCUGUUCUGUGCAAAUCAGACCUUCUGAUUCUGUGCCCUGUGUGGUAGAUGUUUGCCCCAUUGGGUGGGAAUCUAAGGGAAAGUCCACGCCAAAGUCGUCCAGUUUGAUGCCACGCUCCAGACAAGUUCCUGUUUAUGUCUGGAGCCCAGUCAUUAGCCAGUGUUCAAAAACCUGUGGCAAUGGAACCCUACAGGUGUGGUUUUCCUGUGUGGACCACCAGACCAGACUUGGGGUACCUGACUUCCACUGUGAUGCUGCUACCAAACCAGCACCUCAGUCUGAGGCGUGUAACACAUCUCCCUGCCCUCCCGUGUGGCGCUCUAAGCAAGGAGUCUGCAGCGUGACAUGUGGUGGAGGGGUGGCCAACAGGGUGCUGUAUUGCGCUCGAGAGACAGAAGGAGAGGAGGUGGUUGUGGACGAUACGGAGUGUGGUGACUCUCCCAAACCCACAGCAGUGGUUUCAUGUAACACCAAUAGCUGUCCGGCAAGAUGGAAAGUUUUGGCAACAUCACCCUGCUCGGUGUCCUGUGACCUGGGUGUAGCACAGAGGACUGUGUCUUGUGUCCAGUUCAUCCACGGCAAGGAGAGUGUGGUGCCUGAUGAGACCUGCCAUGCAGCUGUGAAACCAGCCACCACAGUCCCCUGCUUGGUACAGGUCUGCACCUUCAGAUGGGAGGUGAAGCCAUGGAGCCAGUGUUCAGUCCCCUGUGGAUAUGGAAUCCAGUCCAGAGCUGUGUCCUGUAUGGGGCCCUCUAAGCCUGAGCCCCUUAGCCCGCUGCUCUGCAUGCACAUGCCCAAGCCUAUCACUAUCCAGGGCUGCUACAUGGGCAGCUGCAGCAACGUGGAGCCCACCUCAGCUAUUGCCCCCACCAUCACCACUUCACUGGCCACUCAGGUGGAGUCUAAUCUCACUGAAGAGGGCCCUCUGCCGUCUCCCACUCUGAGCCACACAGACAUACCACGGCAUCGCAUGGCUCAGCUUCCCCCCAUGCCAACAGAGCCUGGGACCAUCCCGCAGACCACCACAACCAUCCCCACCCCAACACCUGAAACCAGUGCAUGUGGGCGGAUUCUCCUUGAAGAAUCAGGCACAGUGGACUUGAGGCACAUCACUGGCCGCUGCACAGUAUCCAUAGGUCGACCCCUAGAUGAGGUUAUUCACGUAACAGUGGAAUCUAGUAAUUUGGACUGCAAGAAGAAGGAGCAUGUGGCAUUUUUUGACCGGCUGGUGUUCCUAAGGAAGUGUGAGCAGGUGGAGCGCACCGAGCUAACCACCAGAACCAAUGUCCUGUUAGUCGGUCAGAAGCUCCUCACCCCAGGAAACGGGGUUGUCCUCACCUACCGCUCUCAGAAGAACACCAAGAAGAGCCACCAUCAAGAUUGUGACAUUCAGCUGUUUGCUCCCAGCGGUGUCUUCGAGAAUCCAACAACACCAAAUAGUAAUCACACCUGUCGAGUCCUCAUCAAUGCCCCACCCGCAGUGAAAAUCAGAAUUCAGGCACUCCACAUAGGACUAACAUUCAACGCCACCAACUCCCAGUCUACCUACAUUAUGAUACGGGACAUGGACGUCUUGAAGACCAAUGUGUUUAAAGGUCAGCAGCUUUUCCUCUGGCGCUCCUCUGGAAACAUGGCCGAGGUUGAGUUUCAUGGAGACUACCUGCACUCCAAAGGGAGCUUCAGAGCUGAAUAUUCCUUUGUACGGCUUUGA